AUGUCGGCAACUGAACAGAAGCCCAAGGUGAAGCUCUACUGGCUGGAGCAGUCGAGAGCCCAGAACAUCCUGUGGCUCCUCGAGGAGCUCAAGAUUGACUAUGAAAUCGAAGUAUUCCACAGGAAUAAGCAGACGCUCUUGGCGCCUCCCGAACUGGCAAAGGUUCACCCCUUGGGCAAGUCGCCCGUGAUUGAGAUAUUCCCGACCGGCUCUGGCGAGUCCAUCAAGCUGGCCGAGAGUGGCUACAUGACGCAGUACUUGUGCGAGCACUUUGGCCAGAACACCAACCUCAUCCCCAAGAAGUGGAAGGACGGCCAGGAGGGCAAGAUUGGCGGCGAGACCGAGGAGUACUCGAGGUGCCAGUACCUGCUUCACUACAUUGAGGGCAGUCUGCUCCCGGUCCUCACCUUGUCCCUAGUCAUUGGAGCCCUGAAAUCCGACAACGUGCCCUUCCUCGUCCGGCCCAUCACGUCGGUGGUGGCCAACCGGAUCUACAGCAUGAUGGUCUUCCCCAACGCCAAGAAGCACAUGGCCAUGAUUGACCAGAUGCUCGAGACGUCGCCCAACGGCGGAAAGUACAUUUGCGGCGAGCACCUCUCGGCCGCCGACAUCCUCCUCAGCUUUGCGCUCAUCGCGGCGCAGCCCCGCUUCGACGGUCUGGGGAGCUGGCCCGGCGGUUCUGCCAAGGCGGCGCAUCCCCGUGUGUUUGAGUACAUUGAGAGGCUCAAGAAGGAGCCCGGGUACGAGAGAUCGGCGCAGAAGAUUCGCGAGAUUGACGGCAAGUUUGAGGCUACAAUCUCCAAGAUGUAA